AUAGUAGAAUUUUAGAAUUCGGUAAUUCGCGUUUCAAAAAUAAAGCAGGUGAGAAAAAAUUACUGUCUAGCAAUAAACUCACAUAGUUAGUACUUAGCUAGCAUAAUUGUAGUGAUCAAUUUCUACUUCGGAUUAUUUUGAAAGGGUAAUAAGGACCAAAUAUGUAUGAAGAAUCAAACUCUCUUUGUCGACUAUGUUUGAGCGAAGAAACUCUCGACGGUAAUUUUAGAGAUGAAAACUGCUAUCGCUGGAUAUCGGAUUAUCUUUCGAUACAGAUAAACCUCAAUGACCAAAUGAGUAAAGUGAUUUGUGCCAUCUGCCAUCUAAAACUGUCGGAGUUCCAUGAGUUCCGAAUCCGUUGUCUAGAAGUACAAGAAGUACUUCAAACUAGAACCGAAAGGCCAAGCAACCAAUCGUCAACAGAAGAAGAAGUACUCUUGGAAGUACUCCAAACGGAAUCUGAAAAGCACGAAUCGACAAAAGAAUCGCAACCACCAGCAACAAUACAGUGCAGCAAGUGUUCCAAAGUGUGCGACACGAAGAAGCAACUAUGGAAUCACAUGCGAUGCCAUAAAGAAGAGAAGUUCAGUGCUGAUCAACUUAAGUGUGAAGUAUGUCACAAAAUGUUUCAAAAAAGGAAGCAACUUCUGGACCACAGGAGGUGUCACAGAUUAAGAAAGCAUCAGUGCACACAUUGUGGAAAAAUGUUCGAUAGACGAAACCGCUGGCGCAACCAUAUGGACGCAUGUUCCCUGCGGAUGAAGAAAAAACAGGAAGAUCUCGAAGAUAGUGCUUCCAAAGCCGAAGAGUACACACGAGAUCUGCUUCAAAUGAUGGAAGCUGAUCAUUAUGAGGAAAGCAGUUCUAGCAUGGAGGCUUUGCCGCAAAAUGUUGAAAUAAACCAGGAAUCAGAAUCGAAAGAAGAAGAUGAAACCUAUGAAAUUAUUGUUUACGCGGAGGAUUUUGAAGAACAGGAAUAAAAAUAUAGUAGACGGUCAAUAACUGCAACAUGCUUACGUUUCAAUUAGCGAACAAAAUUCGAUAACUGCAACGUCAGACAGGCGGCAACAUCCCGCCAUUUGACGUUAAAUGAAUGUAAAGUUCAUUCGAUUGUUCAUUUGAGCUAACUUGGCGAGCCGUUUUGACAGAAAGCGGUGUGAUAACUGCAAAUUUGUUGCUCUUACCGGCCUUGCAGUCAAGCAGAAUUGCAGUGAAACUGUUUGGACUGACCGAACAUCUACUGUAUCAGUAACAUCUAAUGUGUGAAGAAAUAGCAAGUUAAUUAAAAUACAAGAAAAAAUAAAAAAUAAAGUAACACCAAAAAAUUGGUAGUAAAUUUUA